AUGGCAGCCUACAUGAGCCGGUUACACCAUAUUUCAUUGCACUGUUCAAAUGUGAAUAAAAUAGCUCACGACCUUGUGUCUAAGUUUAAGUUUGAUCUCUUUGCCGCCAGACUUACUGAGAAGACGGGUCAGUAUGCUUUUCGGAGGGGAUCUGCAGUUUUUCUUGUGAAUCAGAAGUCGCAUUCGGUAGGGCACGAGUUGACUGCCCCUGGCUGUCAGUCUCAUUUGUCUUCUCUGCCUUCUUUUCGCGAUUUGUCUGACAGCUGUGCAAGGAUAAGAGACACAAACUUGGAGUUACAACACGAACAAACCCUGCUUUACGAGGAAACCCCAAACCACGUGGUGGACACAGCCUGUAACGUUUGUUUCGAAGUAGAAAAUGCUGAGAGGUCAUUCCAUGCUCUUGUAGACCAAGGCUGUGAAAUCCUCCUUCCCCCAAGCAAGGUACAUGACGAUAACGGAUUUGUAACUUACUUCAUUGUUAAGUCUGUUGUUGGAAAUGUCUGCCACACGCUACUAGACAGGUCUAAGUACCAUGGCUCCUUCUUGCCACAUUUUGCUGAACUUGAGAGCAGCAACAGCAGCCCAAACACAGUACAAUGUCCCAUCACUCAUUUUGACCACAUCACCUACGCCUGCCCUCGGAGGAGCACCAGAGAAGUGAUGCAGUGGUACGAGAAACACUUCGGCUUCCAGAGAUUCUUUAUUGACAGUAAUGAAGAUGUAAGCGAGGGUUAUGUCCUGGACCAAGGUGGUAUUGGACUGCGGCUCACCGCCAUGGAGUACUGGAAAUGCAGCGAGAUGGGAAUGAACCCUCCCUUUAAGAAGACAGCCGAACCAGACUGCAAGUUUGUGAUCGCAGAGUCGCUACCUGAACAAGGGAAGAACCAGGUGGACACGUUUCUGGAGCAGCACAGAGGUCCUGGUAUCCAGCACAUUGGGCUCUACACGAGUGAUAUUGUGAAGACGGCGCAGGCCAUGACUGAAGCAGGCGUACAGUUCUUCUCUCCUCCAGCAGCCUACUACUCUGAGGUUGGAAAACUGCAUGAGAUUGAGCGUGUGGGGUAUGACCCCCUGAAGCUGUCUCAGUACGGCAUCCUGCUGGACACCGCCCUGGGAGAGGAGGCCGUACCGCAGCCGUCAAGCCAACGGUACCUUCUACAGGUGUUCACCAAGCCCAUUUUUGCGGAGGACACUCUUUUCCUGGAGUUGAUUGAGCGUCGCGGAGCUACAGGCUUUGGAGAAGGCAACAUCAGGGCGCUGUGGAGAUCAGUGCAGGCGUAUAUGGAGAAGGAGAAGAUAGAGGCAGAAAAAAACAAAUCUGACUCUGCUUCUUUGACAAGUGGUCAAUCUGGUUGAAAUGAAUUUAAAAGGGGAAAAUACUGAACAGUUCAAAGUUCCAUGCACUGCUCCUAGGUGCUGGUAGGUGCAGGAACGUUCAAUACUUCAAAAGAAAGAAGUCUACCACAGACUUUCUU